AUGACGUCGGAGCGUUCUCGAAUCCCGUGUCUCUCGGCUGCUGCUGCCGAAGGAACAGGGAAAAAGCAACAAGAAGGAAGAGCAAUGGCGACACUGGAUCGCAAAGUGCCCAGUCCGGAGGCGUUUCUGGGCAAACCCUGGUCCUCCUGGAUCGACGCCGCCAAAUUACACUGCUCCGACAAUAUAGAUUUAGAAGAGGCUGGAAAAGAGGGUGGAAAAAGCAGGGAGGUUAUGAGGCUUAAUAAAGAAGAUAUGCACUUAUUUGGCCAUUAUCCAGCACAUGACGACUUCUAUCUCGUAGUGUGCAGUGCCUGUAAUCAGGUCGUCAAGCCCCAGGUUUUCCAGUCGCACUGCGAGAGAAGACACGGUUCAAUGUGCAGACCUCCCCCCUCUCCAGCAUCUCCACCUUCCAAUCCCAGGACAUCACUAGCACAGGUGAAAGCAAAAGCCUGUUUCAGCGGCCAUAACUCUGCCAGCAGCACCUCAAAGCCAUUCAAAACGCCCAAAGACAAUCUACUUACCUCCAGCAGCAAACAGCACACAGUCUUUUCUGCAAAAGGAUCAAGGGACAAACCAUGCGUUCCAGUUCCUGUAGUCAGUUUAGAGAAAAUUCCUAACCUAGUGAAGGCAGAUGGUGCCAAUGUCAAAAUGAAUUCUACAACCACUGCUUCAGUCAAUGCCUGCUCCACCUCAUCCUCAGCUGUCUCCACCCCACCCUUAAUUAAGCCGGUCUUGAUGUCCAAGUCAGUGCCACCUUCCCCAGAGAAGAUCUUAAAUGGCAAAGGAAUUUUGUCUGCCACAAUAGACAAGAAACACCAAAAUGGCACCAAAAAUAACAACAAGCCUUACAGGAGACUUUCAGAGAGAGAAUUUGACCCAAAUAAACACUGUGGAGUAUUGGAUCCCGAGACAAAGAAACCUUGCACAAGAUCCCUCACCUGCAAGACACAUUCACUAAGCCAUCGGAGGGCAGUCCCGGGCCGGAAAAAGCAAUUUGACCUCCUUCUGGCGGAACACAAAGCCAAGUCCCGGGAAAAAGAAGUUAAAGAUAAAGAGCAUCUUCUGACUUCAGCGAGGGAAGUACUUCCAAACCAAACCGGGCAGGCACAGGACCCUCUGCCAGGAUCUUCAGGGAGCUCUGGGCCAGAACCUAAAGUCACAUCUCCUGCAAAAUCCAGGCCACCCAACUCUGUGCUGCCUAGACCAUCAUCUGCCAAUAGCAUAAGCAGCACCACAUCUUCAAAUCACAGUGGCUGCCCUCUGGAACCCCCUCUGCCCCCAGCUGGAGGUGACCUCGCCAGCCGACUGUCAAGUGAUGAAGGGGAGAUGGACGGAGCUGACGAAUCCGAGAAGUUAGACUAUCAAUUCUCCACCCAUCACCCUAGACCUCUUGCGUUUUGCUCUUUUGGGAGUCGCCUCAUGGGACGAGGGUACUAUGUGUUUGAUAGAAGAUGGGAUCGUUUUCGAUUCGCACUAAACUCCAUGGUAGAAAAACACUUGAAUUCACAGAUGUGGAAGAAGAUCCCUCCUGCGGCAGAUAGCCCCAUGCCCUCGCCAGCAGCCCACAUCACCGCCCCUGUUCCAGCACCCGUUUCACAGCCUUUCAGCAGCCCCAGUGCUAUGUAUCUUCCUUCAGCUCCCAUCAGCUCAAGGCUCACCUCUUCUUACAUAAUGACAUCAGCCAUGCUCUCAAACGCAGCUUUUGUGACAUCGCCGGACCCAAGCGCCCUCAUGUCACACACCACAGCUUUCCCUCAUGUGGCUGCAACCCUCAGCAUCAUGGACUCAACCUUCAAGGCCCCAUCCACCGUGUCCCCGAUACCAGCCGUCAUCCCUUCCCCAUCCCACAAGCCAUCCAAAACCAAAACCAGCAAAUCCUCAAAAGUCAAAGACCUGUCUGCCCGUAGCGACGAGUCUCCAAGUAACAAAAAGAGGAAGCCGCAGUCCUCGACUUCCUCCUCCUCCUCAUUCCCCUUGCAGACAUCCCUCUCGUCUCCAUUAUCAGGGCCCCACAAAAAGAACUGUGUUUUGAAUGCCAGUUCAGCUUUGAACUCCUAUCAGGCGGCUCUUCCCUAUAACAGUCUGUCCGUGCACAGCUCAAACAAUGGGGUGAGCCCACUCAGUGCCAAACUGGAGCCCUCAGGACGGACCUCGCUGCCCAGCGGCCCGGCGGACAUAGGGAGACACAUGGGCUCGGUGGGCAGCAGCAGUGACCCCUGUCCCCUCUCGGUGCCCUCCCUUGCAGGAGACCUCUCUUUGGCCCCACACAAUGCCGUGUCUUCUCUGCCCCUCUCUUUUGACAAAUCAGAAGGAAAAAAGCGUAAGAACUCAAGUUCUAGUAGCAAAGCCUGUAAAAUCACUAAAAUGCCUGGUAUGAAUAGUGUUCACAAAAAGAACCCACCCAGCCUUCUCACGAUGAUGCCCGAUCCCGUUAACAGCACCUCCUCUCGGCAGGUUGGGAAAAAUAGCAGCCUAGCUUUAUCACAAUCCAGCCCUUCAAGCAUAUCCAGCCCAGGACACAGCCGACAGAAGACCACAAACAGGACGGGCAGGAUAAGGACUCUUCCAUAACAAGACUAUGAAGCCACUUCCAAACCAAUGUCUGGCCACCCAGUCCCAGCCCCAGAGGCCAAGUCGGGGAGGGGAGUGGGCAGUGGGGGAAUCCAUUUCCUGGGCCCUGCCUGUGGCUCUGGCCUUUCUUUUUCUUUUUUUAAUGACCAAUUUUUAGUUUUGGAGAAAAAGAAAAAGGCAAAAGAACGUGAAUUUGAGAUUUACAGAAAACAAUACCAGUGUUUUGUUUUCUUUGUCUUUCAUUUGCCACACAUACACAUUCUUCCAGUCCUGGGGUCACUCCUCCAGCUUCUGAUUCAGCUGCUGCACCUGGUUUUGCUCCAGCCAGAAGAGCAGACAGUGCCGGACGCCAGCUCCUGGUGGCAUCGUGGGGAGCUCUUGAACUUGAGCACACGCAGUGCUCCUUUCCUUUCCAGUCCUCACCACCCAUCCCUCUCCUCCUCCCUGCCACUCACUGGGUCCCCAAGACCACCAGAAGAAGCUGCCUCUCAUAAGCUGGCCUCUGGACAGUGCCCUGGGAGAGGGGCUUUGCUGUGGAGCAGCCUGUGUUUGGGGAGCAGAGAGCAGAGGCAGGAGGGUAGCCAAGUGCACUCAGCAGGUUUCCGUAGCGCACCAGCACUGGAGCCCAUGCUGAGAAGAGGAACCUUUUAAUGAUGUGGUUUACCCCGUACCACUGUCCAGCUAUGCAGCUCAGAGAGGAUAUAUUGGGCCAGGUCUGCAACAGGCCGGGGAGGUGGCAGGAAGCAGCGAAUGAGGGUAGGAGAUAGCCCUCAAAAGAUAGUCAGACCUGGAUGCCUGAGGUCAUCUGAAUUUGUUAGGAAUCCAUGCUGCAAAAUCCCUUCCCGGGUGCCACAUACAAGGUCCCAAAGCUGAGCAAGCCAGAGUGAAACGUCCCAAGGGAAUGGGUGGGAGACCCCAGGAAGCCACUGUGAAGAAGGUAAAGUGCCCACAGCUGUGGAGAUGCUCGAGCCUCCCUCCAGGGCUAGGCAAGAGGAGAAAAAGGAAGGGAAGGAAGGGCCUAGGGGAAAGCUUCCAUGGAGGGCUAUGUGUCAUACCUCUGGUGAGAAUGAAUACCAGCAUGGUUCACCCAUCUCUGUGCCCUGGGCCACAAGGUCCUGGGAAUCAGGGCACCCAUACAGCAAGUAUGCUGGGUUAUCAGAGGCUCCAACUCAGAUACAGCCACCCCAGCAAGCUGCUGGUGGCACAGCCAAGCUGCUGCCUAGUGAGGAAUAGCCACUGGGAAGAGAGAAGCUGGAGCCCUGCAGCUAUGAAAUUGUUCACACUGGAAUUUUGAAAGAAACAUCAAUACUGUGAGCUCUUAUCAGGAAUCAUAGUCAGGAAAGGAACUCGCAAUAUAAAAGAAAUGUUCUGUGCUAUUUAUCAUGUAACUUUGCAAACAAUAUAACAGCACAGAUACUAGGAGUUUCACUUCGUCCCUAAAUCAGAAAUGAAAGCCAGUUUUUCAGCUGGACACAAACCCUCAUUUCCACCCCGAAGUUUUCUCUUCUCUCUAUCCCCCAACCCAAAGAUCAGACUACUGCUAAGUUUCACCACAGAAUUGAAUUUCACUAAGACGGGAGGCAAGUGGAGUGAUUUGCAUCAAUGAAAUUGCACUGACAGUGUUUCUUAUAGGAUUACUACAAUUUUUUAAUAUAAAGAUUUUUUUUAAAAUCAUGAGUUGGUAUUAGGUACCAGGACAUUAGUUCAGAUUAUUUCAUUUUUAUUUCUACAGUGUUAAAGUGCACUUAUAUGCUGGUUUAUUUACAUCUUGGGGAAAAGAGACUGCAAAUUGAA